AUGUCCUCCACCGCCCCUCUUGAAGCAUAUUGGUCCACUUUCACAGGCUUGAUGCGUCAUGCUCAGGCGUGUGUCGACAUCACCACGUUCUUCAUUGCAGUGGAUCCGGUGUUUAAUGCCGUGCUUCAUUAUCAAAAAGAAAUGCAGGCCCAAGGAAUCCUCUUUCAGGGACCUAAUCAUCAUAUGCUGGCGCAGACCUGUGCUUCGAACGGGGUCCACCCCAUGUGUCGAGUGAUGUACACAGGCCCAAAGGGGAAGAUCGCGUUCAACCCAAAACGUCCAUCACCGUCCUUGCCAAGCAAGAAUUCUGCCGUGGUGGGACAGAUCACGAACCUGUCCCAGCUGAAGUUGCUGGCAGCGUGCCAGGCUGAUGUCAUAGCAGUGGACAUGCGAGAGGUACCUAAAGACCUGGAGGAGUACGUAAAGGGGAACAUGCCGGGAUACCAAUUGGCCUUCGUGCAGCAGUAUUGUUACCACAACCUCGGUGUGCCUUUGGGUGCGGAAAGCCAUAUCCUUGCCUUUAGCCGCCACGUUUCCAAGCAGGGGCGGGAAGGUCUUGUGCAGCUCAUGUCCUUGAAGGUGCAGUGCAUGGAUUUUGGACAGCAUGGACCUAGCAAGGAAUGGAUGUUGCGGGCAACAUGCACCGCCGGCGAGACAGUUGACCCUGGAGCGAAGAACAAGCGGACCUUCUCUGAAUUGGUGGCCAAGGCAUGUGAGAGCAGGUGGCUGCCAAGCGAUUUGCAUGCUGAGAGUGUUCGUGGGAAGAUGCAGAAGCUUCUUCAGCAUGUCGAGUCUGAAGCAAGCGACCUUCUGAAGGUUCAUUUGGCAAUCUUGAAAAAUCAGUCCAAGAAGCAAAAGCGGGAGAAUCAUGUCUUAGCGGCCGAUGCCAAUAGUUUGCGCUUCAGCCACCACCGCGUGUAUGUGGAAGAAUUGCCCCCCAUCAAGGCGAAGACUGUUGUCCUCACCUACCAGCCAGAACCCCCGAAGGGCAGGCCUAAGGCAAAUAUUGUGUCGCAUCACGAGCUGUUGAAUGCACAUGGCUAUCCGUCUGGCACAGUCCAUGUACAGAUGCUGGGGCAGCAGGGUGCUGGAGUUGCAAUGUCGAGCGUAGUUCCAGCUGCAGUGGGUCUGUUCCUGUGUGCAGCCGCUGUGCUUCUGCAGCCGCAAGCCGCGGUUUGUCAUGCCAAGUCUGGGGCGCAGGGUCUUGACAAAGUCCACUCCGGGGCUGAAAACCAGCUCCCCCAGACUUGCCCGUUGACGGGCAAGUCUGGGGAGCUUUCCGUUUCCCACAAGAUAAUCCCAGACUCGAAUUAUGUGCCGGGGCAUUUCUCCAUCGAACUGAAUCAGGAUCUCCUCUGCGAGCGAGCUUCGCUUGCAAUAGUGAUGGCAUCUACCCGUCGUUGUUCUGGUAAGCAGGCGCCCGGACAGAAUGCAGGCAAAGCUGCAGUGACUCUGCCCCACCCUGUCAAUGACAUGAUGCUGGAAGCAGCCAAGACCGUGAAGCUGGAGGCAGGCUUGGGUGACCCAUGCGACAUGGGUGGUGUGCUCGCGAUCGAUGCCACGGCCUACAAGCAAACCUUGAAGAGAGACCGGGAAUACACAUGCAACAUUACCUUCGACAAGUUCUCUCUUCUGGCUUGGGCUCUGGACUGCACAUUGUUUUGCCCAUCCUUGCUUCUUAGUAUGCUGUCCUUUUCUGCAGGAUCCGUGAAGAUCAUGCAGCACAGACAUUUCACCGAGCCGGACGGAAGCAUCAAAGCCCCACCGACGUGGGGCGAGGUGCUGGUGGUCCGGGCAAUGGAUGAGUCCCAGCCACCCACGAUUAUGGAGGUUCUGAACGGGGAUGCCUACCGCCUGGGCCUUUGA